AUACGUCACGACGGUUGCGCCUGCAAAACAACACGUACGAGCCGAGCGACGUUAAUCAGAUCAGAUCCGAUCGUGAGCUCCGGUAACCGCAACGGAAACGGACUGAUCUCCUGUAUGUUCUGAACACGCUCUGUCUGCGGUAAACACUGUCCUGCGGUAAACUCGAUGGAUAGCGGCGGGUGUCGGAUGAACGGCGGCGGCGGCGGAGGAGCAGACAUGAUCAGCCUGGAGGAUCUGGAGUCGGUGUCGGAGGAGCAGCUGGAGCUGGAGGAACCGGAACCGGAGAUGGAGGAGGAGGAGGAACGAGAUCAGAGCGGCAGACUCCUGCAGUACUGGAGGGACGCGGCCCGGGGACACCAGGUGGAGGUGCCGACAGACAUGGCACAACCCAUCCAGCAGAUCACCUCUAAUAAUGAUGGAGCACACACACGGGAAUCGGUUCCCUACACGCUCAUCACACGCAAAGAGAAGUGUGGUGAGGUGCUGUACGAGAAGCGGCACUAUGAGAAAGCACACUGGGCCUGCAUCACGGUUCACGAGGACACGUAUGAACAGAGCAUCUGCUACGGCUUUAUGAAGAUCAUGAGGUUCAUCUGCCAGCAGAACUCAGCAGGCAGUUAUCUGGGCAUGACGAUACCCAUCGUGACGGUGGUGCGCACGGAUGAGAUGAACACCACUCUUUCCCGCGCCGUCACUGUGGCCUAUUACCUGCCCACCCCGUACCAGAACAACCCACCGCGACCAUACGACCCAGAUAUCCUCAUUGAGCAGUGGCCCGCCGCGAUAGUCUACACCCGGUCGUUCACGGGCGCCACUAACGAGCUGUCGAUCCUCCAUGAGCUGCGCAGUCUGGCCGAGGCUCUGGACUGUCCCGCUCUGGGCGUCAGCGACUCCUUCAUCGUGGCCGGAUACACAAACCCUGCAGCCGCACACCGACACAACGAGAUCUGGUUCCUGGAGAGACCCUGAGCACACUUCCUGUUCCUGUCAGCUGACGCCGGCGGAGCUGCUGAUCGGCCGAGUCUGUCUGGUGUAUUUGCCGAACACUGAUCAUAAGCUAAACCCAAACACACACCAAAACUGGAGAAUCACUGAUGAGCCACAACUCUGAUGCUGAACGACAAUCAUGUGUACGCCAUGACCUCACACACACACACACACACACACACAGACAGACAGAGAGACAGGCAUGCAGACACGCUGCACACACACACACACACACCUGUCUGUCUUCUCUAGAAAUACACUCAUGUGGUGAAUCCACAAAUCUAUAUGAAACACACACACACACACACACACACACACAGAUAUAUAUGAAUAUAUUCCAUCAUAGUGCUAUUUUUGUGAAUAUUUUUUUAGCCAGACGUUUCCUUCUGUGUACCUGCUGUAAGUCCUGAUGUAAAGCAGUGAAAUAAACCACUGUCCUGUCCUGUCAGAGUGUGUGUUGAACGGCUGUCCUCAGAUCAGUGUGUGUGUGUGUGUGUGUGUGUACAGAGCGCUGUGAAUGUAAACGCCACUGUGACGAUGCUUCAUGUUUCUCUUCUGAUCUGAAUAAUAAACUCACUGAAAUGACA